AUGAGCAAGAAAAAGGAGACGAAGCUAAGCAAGUUUUUGAAAGUUCCCAUAAAGAUGGUGGUGAAAGCUAGGGACUUGUACAUAAAAAGCAUGAAUCAAUUAUCUUCCCAUGACCUCGGCGGCGCCAUGUCUUUUGGGAUACCGACUGUAUGUCAUGUAAGCGCUCUCCCGCGAAGUUUCAGCGCGAGCCACUCGCAAACUUCUGCGAGAGACAAAGAGCAUCGUGUGGCUGAGCUUGUACGAGCCGCAUCAGCUAGGAAUAUGACCAUCGAUACGCGUCCUGGAGUGCAGUUGAAAUUGAAGAAGGCUAAGAACGAUACGGGGCCUGGACUACAGUUGAAGUUGAAAAAGGCCAAGAGUUUGAGAAGUUGUAAUGACGAUCAUCAUGGGUUUGAGAGAAUUGAUGAGACAAGUCCUUUAAUUGAUGAUGAUCACAAGAUGUUUCAAAGGAGUAAGAGUUAUGGUCUUGUCAAAUCUACUCAUGCUCUCCAAUAA